UUGAUUAAAACGCACACCGUUUCAUAAAACUUAAUGAAACACGAUUGUUUUUGCUUCGCGAUGCAUUAAACAAGUCCGAGGCAGACUACGACCAUGUGGUUUCAAAUUGUAAUGGUGCUCUUUUAUUUACAAGCUGGCUCGUAUGCCAGAAGUAUCGACUCUCUUCUCUUAGACAAGCUUAUAACCUCCGGUAUACGAAGCCAUCGUCCUGUCGUCAUAAUAGUUGACCGUUCGAAAAAUUUGGGAGUACAUUUUGAGGAUGAUACUACCUACGAGAGUUAUGAGGAUAACAAUGUUCUAUUUUCUGGCGCAUUGAGGGCUCGUGACAACAGAAACUGCAAACGAUUCCUCCGUGAGAAACUCGAAGGCAAGUGCUCUGAUGAGGCUGCGUGCAUGGAGAUAGAAUGGAAGCUUGUCAAUGAGAUCUGCGACGGCGAUGAACCAACACAAAAGUCAGAUGAAGCGAUACAAGCAACAAAUGAAGCCAAAAAAAGGAAAACUGCAAUUCCAAAACCAGAUGAAGACAAAAAUAGGAAAACUGCAGUUACAAAACCAGACGAAGACAAAAAAAGGAAAACUGCAGCGCCAAAACCGGACGAUGUGAAAGUAUAUAUGUUAAUGAAGAAACAACAAUUACUUAAAAAUAAAUGAAUAUAUGUACUAGGGGCUCUGUCGCUCUG